AUACACCUUCAUAUGUACAAGUGCUUUCAUAACUUUCAUUCACUUUGCCAAACUUUUCCUCCUCAAAAAAACCAAUCAAUUAUAUAGAAAGAAACUAAACUUUCAAGCAAGAAAUUGUAAUUUUUCUUUGAGAUGGUACAUCAAGAUAUUUCAACAAUGAAUUUCAAGGAAACCGAGUUAUCUCUUAGAUUACCAGGCGAAAAGGUAUCAAAUAUAGAGGAGAAAUCAGUGUUAAAAAGGCGAUUUUCGGAUACUAUAGAUUUGAACCUUGGUCGUGAUGAAUCAAAUGGAAAUAAAACCGCUAAAAACGGUGAUUAUGAUCAGAUGGAGCAAUCUAGUGCCCCUAAACCUGCUCCUUCCAAGACACAAUUGGUAGGAUGGCCACCAGUGAGAGCAAGUAGGAAGAAUGUAAUGAAAAGUUACAAAUAUGUAAAAGUAGCCGUUGAUGGAGCUCCUUAUCUAAGAAAAGUUGAUCUUGAAUUAUACAAUUCUUACCAACAACUUUUAAAAGCUUUGGAAGACAUGUUUUCUUCCUUCACCAUACGAAAUUUCUUUAAUGAUGGAAAAUUAAUGGACCCUGUCAAUGGAUCUGAUUAUGUACCAACUUAUGAGGACAAGGAUGGUGAUUGGAUGAUGGUUGGAGAUGUUCCUUGGAAUAUGUUCGUUGAAUCAUGCAAAAGAAUUCGUCUAAUGAAUAGUUCGGAAGCUGUUGGACUAGGGCCGAGAACACCCUCUAAGACCGACUAACUCAACAAAAAAAGCUAAGCUAAUUUCAAUCAAACGAGAUCUCAUUGAGUGAAAUCUUGUGGGACGGGAAUUGAACAAGAAACACAAUCGAUCUACACAACAAGUGCUUUGCUCAAAUCGAACGUGUAGUGUCAAUCCCAAGUGUGAAGAUCAUUUUGGGACGAAGGGGUUAUCGUGUUUUUGGAUUUUAAAAUUAUUUGGUACACAUACUUGGAACAAGAGGAAGGUUGUCCAAGUGCUAUGGAUUAUGUCACUAUGCUUCUAAUUUUGGGAUUGGGCAUGUGAAACUUGGUGAUUAAUUAAAGUUUAGUAGCUUAAGAUAAAAUAUAGUUAUUAGGAGCUCACUUUCUUACCUUAAAAAAAGGAAGUUGAAGUGAACUAUACAAGUAGUUGAGAUCAGUACACCCACAACGGGUUUAAUGUUCCUUGUUUUUUGUUACUUUUGUUUGUUUAUCUUAACUUUAAAAGAUUUUUUUUUAAUUGUAUUAGAUGAUCAUUAUGACUUAUAAUAUAAUUGUUGUCGAUAUUAUGUACAAAUUAAUUUACAUCAAAUACUAUAUAUCCUUGAUACCUUUGCAGUUGGAUCUAA